AUGUUCAGAUUUUUAAACUUUGUGUUUAAUAUUAAGAUGUAUAUAUCUUCAUAGGGUAAGUAAUGUAAAGAAUGUAUAAAUGUAAAACAAAAGAUUUAAGUGGAAGGGAUUUAUGAAAAAUAUGAUUGGUUUAAUAUUCCAGAUUGUAAUAAAUGUGUAAAUUAAUCAGAUAAUUGUAUUUUUUGUAAUGAGAAAUUUGAUUUAGUUGUUAAUAAAUGCAUUUGUAAUUAAGGAUAUUACAAACAUAAUUCUGAUUUUUUUAAAUGUUAAUUUACAUGUAAAAUUUGCAUUUCCUAAUAAACUUGUACAUAAUGUUCUUAGAUCUAAAAUAUAUUAUUCUUGAAAAGGUUCUUGAGUUUGUUAAUAAGGAUAUUAUUUAUGUAAUGAAAACUAAUGUUUAGAAUGCAACUUGAGAUACAAAUCUUGCACUUCAUAAACUGAAUGCACAAACUGCUUUAUUGAAUAGAAUAGAAUUUUACAAAAUAAAGAUUGCAUCUGUAAUUCUGGCUAUUUUGAAUCUGAAAAUUAUCAGUGUUUUUCAUGUAAUUCAAUUGAUGGUAAAAGCAAGGAAGAUUGCAAAUAUAUAGAUUGUACUGAUAAACAAUGGACAUAUGGAGAAUAUUGCGAUGAUGGAAAUACAAUUGAAAGAGACGGAUGUACCAAUUGUAAAAUAGAUCCCAAUUAUAUAUGUAUCAAUAAUAUACUUGAACCUUCAAUUUGUUAAAAAUGUAGUGACAAUUGUAAUUAAUGUGAUUUUAAUUACGCAAUAAAGGCCACUAUUUAUACUGAAUGUUAGUAAGGAUAAUCAGUUUUUGUUAAAUGUGCUCAAAAAUAAUGUCUAUAAUAUAGUGUAUCUAACUUCAUUCCGAUUUAAAUAAAAUAACUAAGGGUAGUGUUUAAAAUGUAAAGAUAUUGUUGGCUUAUACUCUAAUUUUGAAAAUAACACAUGUUAUUAUAAAUGUGGAGAUUUAAUAAUGAGUCUCGAUGAAGAAUGUGAUGAUAGUAGUAUGUUAAAUGGAGAUGGUUGUGAUCGCACAUGUAGAUUAGAAAAAGAAUUUAUCUAUAAAGAUUCUGUUAGUAUCAAACAGAUUUACCAAUAUCAAUUUUAAUAUCAGCAGGUGAUCAAUCUAUAUACAAUAAUGUUAGAUUAGUUUAAUUAUCAUACAACAUGUUCAUAAAAUUGAGCAAUGAUACAGAUUAUAUUAAGGAUGUUGAAGUAAUCAUUCUAAAUUAUUAAGAAGAAAUAAACAUAAAGUAAUACUGUGACAUUACCUCUGAUUUGAAAAUUGUUAUAAUAUUGAAUACCAAUAUUUUAUUUGUAAUUAAUCCAAACUCAACUUAACUGUUACUUUUUAGAUAACAUUUCAUUAAAGCAUAAAGAAAUAAGACCUCAAAAUUAGCUUUACAAACCUUUCUCAUUUUAAAUCAAGUGAUGAUUAUAUAACUAAUAGGUUUUUUUAUUAUAUCAAUAUAAUAGAUUGUAAAGACUAAUAAUUAUUUUUGAAACUCUAACAACCUAAAUUGCUGAAAUUCUUUUUGUUGAUGUAACUACAGUUGAAUAAGUUGAAAUGCCUUCUUCAAGCAAUUAAUAUAUUUUGUAUGCUAUUGGAACAAUAAGUGGAACUGCUCUUCUAUUUGGAGGGUUAGAUAUUUUUUAUAAUCUUCUAGAUACUAUACAAAUAUUGUCAUAUCUAAAGUAUAUUGAUUCUUAAUUUCCGUUUAAUUUAUAAUGAAUUUGUACAAAUGAAUUUCAUUUAAAAAUAUUUCACUAUUUAUGACCUUUUUAAUCUAUGUCCGAUUAAUGAAAACUUUAACAAUAUUCCACUCAAAAUUAAAUAAGAUGAUUUAACACCUCUGUUUAUAAUAAACAGUGCAACAGUUAUUUUCAUUUGGUUUACUUAAAUUCUGAUAUACAUUGUUUCAAAAAAGAUUCCAUACUACUAACAUCGACUUGAUUUCAAAUAUAGUUUAAAUUUAAAUGAGAAUAUUCAUAAUAUGAUGAUAUACCAAAUUAAAAAACCAGCUUGA